GACAUCCCUGAUUGGUGACGGUUCAUAUUAUUAAAUCAAUAUUGUUUUCAUACAUAACAUAAAUAUAAUACUGCAUACACCACAGAGCAAGUAAUACACCUACGCAUUAUCGGCAAAUAAAGACAUCGUUUCAGCUUUUCUCCGGAUUUACUGCAUAGAGAACUUGUCGGUCAAAACUAAUUUGUAAGCUUUUAUCAGCCAGCAAUCGCAAUGAAAAUCGACAUCGGCUUGAAUUUGAAAGCUCAGAAAGAGUUGGAUGAUGUGGAGAUUAUUGGAAAGAACGUGGAAAAGGAGCUCGAGGCGAAUAAGCUUCCUGAAAAGCAAGAUAUUGAUAAAAUGGAAGUCAACGUGAAACCUGAAAAGGCGGUGGUUGAAAUUUAUGAUCCUUCGAUUCCAGUACCAAUACGAAUAGACAUGAACAUAACUUUGACCUGGCAAGAGAAACUGAAGCUCACUCUGCUGAUAAUAUUUGUUAUCGUCUACAUCGGCUUCCUGGUCAGAGGCCUCAUCUAUGAGAUCAAGAGAAUAAGGCAGGUCCAGCACAUGAUUAAUCGCAUGAAGCCCAUCAUUGCUGCAUUAUAUGAGAUGGAUAAAAACGUCGCCAAAAAGGUGGAUUUAAUUGUUAACUCAUACAGCUUGUACGACCGGCCCUUGCCACCAGAAGAUCAGCUAUAUGACUAAGCAUUCCAUAAUUUUAAUAUGUGUGUCUAAGAAUAAGCUAAAUGGUAGAGAACUAUAAACUUAUUGAUGUCUGUCUUGCAGCUUUUAUAUGAAUUUCUUAUUGUUAAUUGAGAAAAAGCAACAACAUGAUAAGUGGGUGAUAGAAAUAUGUACAGCAUGAUUAUUUGUAGUCAGUAUUAAUUUUUUUACAUGUAUAUUGUAUAGGUACCUUGCUGGUCUUGGGGAGGCAGCUGGCUGCCACUUAUUAGUUACUUUCUAAAUUAGCCAUUAGGCUGGACUAUUGCCCUGGUCCCAAAUUAUACAAAAGACAACAGGGUUACAUUUUUAAAAUCAUAAAGGCAAACAUAAGUCUGUCUUUAUUGCCAAUUAUAAUAUUAUGAGGUGCAGUACUUUACUAUUGUAUACUUUUGUUAAUGUUGAUUUGUUAUUCUUGAAUGUGGGAUGCAUACGAAUGUAUUUUAUGUAAACCUAGGUGUAGGAACUAGUAUGAGAAUUUAUAAGACUUGAAGACUCAAAUGACUUAAGAAUACUUUGUUUACUUUUUGCAUAGUUUUAUAGGACUUUCUAUUUUGUGACGUUAUUUUAAGUAAGUACAGCUUUUCUAAAUUAGAUAUAUUUAUAUUGAUCUCAUUAUUAUUGAGGGUUGUGUUUGCUUUUUGGAUUAUGUUAAGAACUGUCCGCAAUGUACUUGAUGUGUGUUAUUGUAUGUAAUCUCAGAAAUAAAUAAAUGGAAACUCA